UUCGAUUAAGAAUCGAUGGGGGUGUGCUGCAGGUGAGGGACAAUCCCAGCGCCUCGCUCACUUCUUCUCUCUCUUACUCCCAAAAAUCCAGCAUUGGCUCCUUCCUUUUCUUCUCCAAAUCCAGUUUCAUCACGUCGCAGAUGCUCUCCUUUCUUUUCUUCCACAAAUCCAGGUGUUCUCCUUCCUCUUCUUCCCCGAAUCCAAUGUCAUCGCCGCCGACGCUUUUCUUUUUUUCUUUUCUUCUCCAAAUCCGAUCGCCGACGCUCUCCUUCCUCUUCUUCCCCAAAUCCAAUUUCAUCACCGCCGACGUCUUCCUUCCUCUUCUUCUCUAAGCAUAGCGACUGCCGGCCUGCCUCCACCAUCCUAGGGUCUGCGGGAGAAGGUUUGCUGAUGAGGGAAUUGGAAUGAAGUUUGGUGAUGAGGGAAUUGACGAAGGGUUUUUUCAGAAAGCCACUGUAAGAGAAUUUUACGCCCAUAGUGGAAAACAUCAUUCGACUCGCUGGCUUCGGUUGACACAUCGGCGGGAAGGGCUCAAUUGAGGCAAGAGCCAUUGUUAGUGCUCUGAGCCCCCACAAACAGGUUCUCCCACUUCCUUCCUUCUUCCUCAGUUCCUCUCAUUUCUUUCCUUUUUUUUCUUCCAACCUCGGUCCUUCUCCUCCUUUCCUCCUCUUCUUUUUCUGUGCGCCUGCCUGCGGCCUGCCCCUGCCAUAGUGAGAUAGAAAAAAAAAAAAAAAAAACUAAACCACCGGUUCAAAUCGUAAACCGGCGGUUUGAACCGGCGGCUUGCGGUUUGAGAAAAUCCCAAACCAAAGUCUAACCGUCGAAACGACGGUUUCGGUUCGAUUUGUGUCCGGUUUCGGUUCGAACCGUAACCGCCGGUUCAUAAACCGUCGAAGCGGAGGUUCGAAACCGAAUGGGCAAGUCUAACUAUUGGUUUAAAACCGACAAACCGGCGGCGGUUCGAAAGAACAAGAAAAUAAAAGAAAGUAGCAUAUCUUAUUAUUUGUCGUCAUUAUUUCUUAAAAAAAAGAAACGUACACCGCAUACUCGAAAUCUAUAUAUAUAUAUAUAAAAAAGGAGAUCCUCGUCGACUACAAUUGUUUUCCUAGAUCCGCCAUUGAUUUCCACCUCUUCCGCUUCCCCUCUCUAGAUCUGAAAAGAGUUUAUUACAUUUGGAUUGCAGUUGAAAAGCGACUCAGAGACUAUGGCUGCAAGGAAACCCGGCGUAAUUGCUCUCUUCGAUGUUGAUGGCACUCUUACUGCUCCUCGGAAGGUAGCUACUCCAAAGAUGAUUGAGUUUAUGCAAAACCUCAGGAAGGUUGUUACUGUUGGUGUGGUUGGAGGUUCUGAUCUUGUCAAGAUAUCUGAGCAGCUUGGAGAAUCAGUUAUUAAUGACUACGACUAUGCGUUUUCUGAGAAUGGCCUUGUGGCUUACAAGGGUGGAAAGUUAAUUGGGACACAGAGCUUGAAGUCGUUCCUUGGAGAGGAAAAGCUCAAGGAAAUCAUUAACUUCAGUCUCCAUUACAUUGCUGAUUUGGAUAUUCCCAUUAAAAGAGGAACAUUUAUUGAGUUUCGAAGUGGGAUGCUUAAUGUUUCUCCGAUAGGAAGAAACUGCAGUCAGGAAGAGCGAGACGAGUUUGAAGAGUAUGACAAGAUUCACAAUAUUCGUCCUAAAAUGGUUGCUGUGCUACGGGAGAAGUUUGCACAUCUUAACCUAACCUUUUCCAUUGGGGGACAAAUCAGUUUUGAUGUUUUCCCUCAAGGAUGGGACAAGACGUAUUGCUUGAGAUACUUGGAUGAAUUUCCUGAAAUUCACUUCUUCGGAGACAAGACCUACAAGGGGGGAAAUGACUAUGAGAUCUAUGAAUCAGAAAGAACUGUUGGUCACACAGUUACUAGCCCAGAGGACACUGUAAAGCAGUGCACGGCUCUGUUUCUGAGCUAGGUAAGGUAAGAUUGCCGUUGGCGAACCAGUGUUCAUCUUGGACAUGAAAAAUAAUUUGGUUUCGAGAGGGAGGGUACACUACACUACAGGUAACUUAAGAAUUCAACAAGUUUAUUUGUGAUGCCUUUUAUGAAAUUAUAAUUGAUGUAUUGUACAAUUUGAUAUUUAUCAUUGAAAUUGUAAAAUGGGCUGCUAUCUCAA